AUGGCUGAUACUUCUUACCCAUAUAACCCUAAAACAACGGUACCAAAAAUAAAAUUUGAGAAGUUCGACAAUGCAAACUUUGCAUAUAUGUUAUGGGAAAGCUCUCUCGACAUAACAAAAGCACGUAUUCUACUAGUACAUGGAUUUGGUGAAUAUACAAAAAUUUAUUAUAGAAUGAUGGAUCAAUUAUCAAGCCAAGGAUAUGAAUCAUUUUUCUUUGAUCAAAGAGGGUCUGGUGAAACGUCACCAGGCAAAUUAAAAGGUAAAACUAAUGAGCAUUUUACAUUUUCUGAUCUAGAACAUUUUGUCUCGAAAAAUUUGGAAGAAUGUAAAAAGAAAAACAUCAAAUUAUUUAUGUGGGGACACUCUAUGGGAGGUGGGAUUUGUUUAAAUUAUGCAUGUACUGGUAAAUCUAAAGAUCAGUUUCAAGGAUUUAUUGCCUCGGGUCCACUGAUUAUCUUACAUCCAAAUAGUAGACCAAAUAAAGUUACACAAAUGAUAUCUCCUCUUCUUGCUAAAACGAUGCCAAAUUUUACUAUUGAUACUGGUUUAAAUUUGGAAGGUAUCACAUCAGAUCCUACAUAUAGAGAAUUUUUAGCAAAUGAUCCCAUGAGUGUACCAUUACUAGGCAGUUUCAGACAGAUAUAUGAUUUUUUGGAAAGAGGUAAAGCUUUAUACAAUAAUAAGGACAAUAGGAUCAGUAAAAUCACGAAGCCAAUCUUUAUUCAGCAUGGUAAGGAUGAUACUAUUAAUGAUCCAAAGGGAUCUCAAAAUUUCUACGACAAUUGUAAAUUUAACGAUAAAAGGUUGGUUUUGUAUGAGAAUGGUAGGCAUUCCAUUCUCUCCCUAGAGAUAGAAGAAGUUUUUGAUAAGGCUUUAUCUGAUUUAGUUGAGUGGCUAGACGCCCACCUAUAG